ACUGCGCUCUGGCAGCGCUGUUUAUUAUUGUUUUGCUUUGUUUUUGAUUGUCGGAAAAAUAGAAAUAAAAUUUGUGCAACGAAUGCUUUGGCAGGAUUAACGAAGCAGCGUCCAUGCAGGAGAUGGUCAGGAAGAGAAGCCGAUCACGCAGCAGCCAGCGCAGCCGACGCGGACGCAAGCAAAAACAGAAACAGGCCGCAGCCAGACAAGCGGCGGCAUCAAUCAUGGGAGGAGGCAUCGAACAGGGCACGGCAGCAGCGGCCGAGAUGUGGAGCAACACGUACAGGCGACUCUUCCAGUGGCACCACAUGCAGGUGCAGCGUCUGUGCCAGCAACAUGAGCAACAUGCGCAGCCGGCGGAUUGCGAGGAGAGCUCCGCCUCCGAAGCCGAGGAGGAGCAGGCCACGGCGACGGCGACACCCAUUGACGAGGAGUAUUUGAAAUUUCUGGAGGUGACACUCAGGCAUCAGCAGGAGCUGAAACAACGACGAGCUGCCGCCGCAGCGACUGCCAUACCGGACUCGACCUUAGAUUAAGUUUAGGCUAAGAAUUUUUGUAACCAUUUUUUACACGCCCAGUAAAGGCUGCCCCCGAAAACCGCA